AUGGAGGAUGCUAAACCUCUUCCAACUCCAAUAGUGAGUGGUUUAAAAUUGUCUGCUCAUGGUCAUGAACCAUUUGACGAUCCUCAACUUUAUAGGUCGAUUGUGGGGGCCUUACAAUACCUAUUAAUCACUCGACCUGAACUCUCUUUUAGUGUAAAUAAGGUCUGUCAGUUCAUGAAAACCCCCUUACAAUCACAUUGGCAAGCUGUCAAACGUAUCCUUCGAUACCUUAGUGGCACUAUGGACUAUGGCUUACACAUUCACAAAUCUCUCUCGACUGAGCUUGUUGCCUUUUAUGAUGCUGAUUGGGCCUUGAAUCCCGAUGGCAGGUGCUCUACCUCUGGUUUUGUUAUCUUCUUAGGAGGCAACUUAAUCACCUGGCAAUGCAAGAAGCAACAAACCAUAAGUCGUUCGAGUACUGAAGCUGAGUAUCGAAGCUUAGCAAAUGUGGUUCUUAGGCAGCAGGUGCAAGUGAAACAUGUUCCUGCCACAGACCAGCUUGCAGAUGGUCUUACCAAAUCUGUUUCAAGCUAG